AUGGUCUUCAGCAAAUUCGUUUCUGCGGAAUCUUCGGAUCCAGCGGCACUCGCAUUGCGCCACACCGACGCCGCAUCCGUCUUACAAUACAUCGCGUUCGGCGUCAGACAAUGGAAUCCAAGUCUCAACAUGAAGGCGUACAUCGCCUCCCCGUGCGCCAUGCUGGAGUUUUUGAUCCAGCAAUUUGACGAGGUACCCGGGACACUUCUUCAUCGCGAUCUAGUGAUGUGCCUUCGAGAUAUCCGAGGUCCCCCGGCCUCCAGCUAUUAUCACCCUCUGGAUGCAACGCACACGUUGACUCACUGGUCUGUCGGCAUCGUCACCAGGCUCAGAUUGAUGUCCUUCCCAGCCAUACCCGGUCGAUUGUCUCCUCAAGCAUACCGUGCCUUCAUCUGCGCCAUGACUGUGUUGCUGGCGAUUCAUUACGACCCUCGUGGACCUACGUGGGUUCACCUCGCCAUGAACAAUGGCUUAAUCAGGGUAUUGGCUAGCGCUCGCAACAUCUGGCCUAAUCAAUGCCCAGAGAUAUCGGCGACCCUCCUCAGAAAGGUUCUCUUGCCUUACCUUUUCUAUUACCGCGUCUGCGUCGCCGUUAAUGCUCAGCUCGAUUGGCUACCAAAUUUGGACCUCGAUCAUUUGGUCAGUAUAGACGCAUCAUGGGCGCAGCUGGUACAAAUCGCCCGGCAUCGCGGGAAGUAUACCAGUGUUCAACAAAUGAGUCCUAGAUGGUACUGUCGAUGGUGUAUGACAGAUUCAAGGCUUGUCAACUACGUCUGUGGGGGGUGUCGAGAUGUCUACUACUGCAGCCAACAAUGCCAAUCAAGUGACUGGGAUGGCCAUGGUCCUAAUAAACACCCGCUCCGAUUCGAUUUUCCUCCCCACCACGAGGUGUGUAGAGAAGGAGAAUUCUUAAUCCCUUACGAAGUUGAACCUUUCGCCUCGCUACGUCUCGCGCCCAUAGACACUAGGUAUAUCAAGUCCUUUGUCCGAGAGACAAUCCUUCGCCACUGGAAAGCCAUCGUCGAGCCGCUCAAGAAAUAUCAACCUUCAAUCCCAUCGUUGAGAGUUGAUCUGACGGGUCUCGUUACGACCGUAGCCCUCACUGAGCCCAGCCCCGAAGCCACCCGCCGCCUGAACGGAGAAAGAGAGUUUCGCAUCGACAUCGUCUUUCCUCGGCCGGGUGGUCGGGAACCAGCCGUACUUAACGCGGUGAUCAUUUAUCCCGAGCCCGACCCAAAGGAGGAGUACGUUCCUUGGCUGGAAGAACAUCUAGAAUCGUUGAAAAUGCUCCAAGGUGUGGACUUUGACCCAAUGCUUACGCGUUAA